UUUCGGUUCGCCAGGAUGUGGCAGCGGUACUACCCCCAGAGUGCACAAUGUCGCGACGUCGCGUGCGUCACACAACCAACUGCUGAACGUGGUCCCUCGAGCGGCGUGGAGGGGUGCCUCGUCUCGACGACAGUGGUCCGAAGAGGCUGGAACCCGCGAGAUAACCUUUAACGCCGUUCUGACGACCGCGCAAACAGGUCUCGCGUUUCUAUUGUUCCUCAGCAGCAGCACCACUACGCGGUGCGAGUCGACUGUUAUUUGUUUGCCGGUCACGGGUGCGCGCAGUCCAGCCUACACGUCGUGCUCUCCGCCGUUCGCCGCCGUAACAGUCAUUUAACGAUUGCCGUUCAUGAGUUCACAAUUCGUCGAAGGGUGGACGAUCGCCCAGACUUUGGGAGAAGGCUCCUUUGGCGAGGUAAAACUCCUAAUCAACAGCGCGCUGAAUAGCGUCGUGGCCAUGAAAACGGUCAAUUUGAGACUCCAUUCGGAUGUCUUAAUGGAGGUGAAAAAAGAAGCAGCCAUACACAGCCGAUUAAAACAUCCGAACAUUGUACAAUAUUAUGGACAACGCCAGACCUCAGACUAUUAUUAUAUAUUUCUGGAAUAUGCAUCUGGAGGUGAACUAUUCGACAAGAUCGAACCUGGUGUUGGGAUGUCACAGUCCGAUGCUAGAAAAUAUUUCAAAGACCUAAUAAAUGGAGUUAAUUACUUACACAGUAAUGGUAUUGCACAUAGAGAUUUGAAACCAGAAAAUUUAUUACUGGACGAACAAGGAAAUUUGAAAAUUAGUGAUUUUGGAUUGGCUACAAUGUUUUUAUGCGGUGGAAAACGACGUAAAUUGGAAAAAAAUUGCGGCACUCGUCCAUAUGUGGCCCCAGAAGUUCUUUCUCAAGUACCUUUUCAAGCUGAACCUUCAGAUAUUUGGUCAUGUGCUAUUGUGCUGAUUACUAUGCUUUCUGGAGAACUACCUUGGGAAGUACCGUGUGAUUAUGAUAACGAUUAUAAAUUGUGGAAAACUAAUGAUUAUGCCAGUCAUUCGCCGUGGAGCAGAUUAAAUACAAUGGCCUUAUCUCUUGUGCGAAAGAUAUUAAUACCGAUAGCAUCUAAAAGAUAUGACAUAAAAAAAAUCCAAUCACAUCCCUGGUUCAAUCAAUCAAAAACUAGUGGUGUUUCUGCUUGGUCUGGCGGAGACUUAGAUGCCAUUCGCCCAUGUUUUUCUCAACCUGCUCCAACACCCAUGCCAUUUUCUACAUCUGUUUUGCCUCAGGAAUCUGAAAUACAUUCAUUUUCUCAACCCACUCAAGCAAAUGAUUUAUUGUUAUCUUCUCAACUUUUGACAUCACAAACAACUUCAACUCCAAGUAACUCUAUGCAGAAAUUAGUAAAGAGAAUGACAAGGUUUAUUGUUUGUAAAACACCUGAAGAAGCUUUAACCAAUUUAUCACAAUAUCUUGAUGAUUUGGGCUAUACAUGGAAAUUAAAUUCAUCUAGUGUGAUUACAAUAACUACUACUAACCAACGCCUGGUAUUCAAAUCAAGUAUAUUUCCAAUGAAUCAUCAAACCCUGAUUGACUUCAGAUUAUCAAGAGGUUGCGGCUUAGAAUUUAAGAGACAUUUUAUUAUCAUCAAAAAUGCAAUGUCUAAAAUUAUUUUUAAAAAUACAUUAAUGGGGUCUGUUGCUUUGACAACAAAUUCUGAACCAUGAAUUGUUCCUAAUAUUUUAAGAACAAUUUAAGACUGAUGUACAAUAAAUAAAUCAUUUAUUAUGUUCCCUAUGUUUG